CUUAAAGAUAGUCGUUUCCCCCCAAUGACGAGGGAUGAGCUGCCACGGCUUUUCUGCUCAGUGUCUCUACUCACUAACUUUGAAGAUGUAUGUGACUACAUGGAUUGGGAGGUGGGUGUACAUGGCAUUAGAAUAGAGUUCAUCAAUGAAAAAGGAUCAAAACGCACCGCCACCUACUUACCGGAGGUUGCAAAGGAGCAAGGGUGGGACCACAUUCAGACCAUAGAUUCCUUAUUGAGAAAAGGAGGCUACAAAGCUCCAAUUACUAAGGAAUUCAGGAAAACCAUAAAGCUAACCAGGUACCGUAGUGAGAAGAUGACCAUGAGCUACACAGAGUACCUUGCCCAUCGUCAGCAUCAUCACUUCCAAAACGGCAUUGGGCACCCCCUUCCACCGUACAACCAUUAUUCCUGACACUGAGCCGCAUGACCAGUCACUGGACCUCUCUGCAGACCUCUUCCCAGGAGACCCUGCCCCUUCUUGGUCUAGCUAUCUCUAUUACUGUACCAUUUUAUGAUGAUAGUUUCCGUUGCC